AUGAAUUUGUUUGAAACUAGUUUGUACUCGAACGGAGAAAUCUUUCUACUUUAUGAGCAUCUUAAUCGCAUGAAACAUUCUGCUUCUAUUUUGAGGUACCAUUGGCCGGGCGAAGAAGUAGUGAAACAAAAACUCUUGCAUGCUACUGAACCCCUUGACCAAGCAAGGCUACGAUGGGAACUCUCAAAAGAUGGUGAGAUUCAAGUCAAGGCCGUUCCCGUUCAUGUAACCAACGAGCAACAUUUGUAUACUGUGUUUUUGGACACCCAGCCAUCUGAUACUCAGGACAAUGUUACAUGUGUCAAUAAAACCACGUCAAGAGAUAUCUACUCGCAUGCAGUACAACGAACAGGUAUCGAAUACGCCAAACACCAAGAUGCUUUGCUUUACAACACAGGGGGAUUUGUGACAGAAGGCACCAUCUUCAACAUUGCAUUUCACCGAGACAACCAGUGGAUUACACCGAAUCUCCAACAUGGUUUACUACCCGGCACAAUGAGGCAACAUCUUUUAUCUACCGGCUACAUUGCUGAAGAUAAGCAAAAUAAGCUACACAAAGAAAAUUUAAAAAACGGUGAGCAGAUUCUUUUAUUCAACUCAUUUCGUAAAAUAUGCAAAGGAGUCUUAGUAACAAAGCCCUAA